AUGACCUCGGAGGCACCAGUUUUGCCAGGUAUAGAGCUUCCCCUAGACGGAUUGAGCGGCGAAGCCGAUAUCAAUCCUCAGGUCCCCAUUGUCAAUGUUAUCGAGGGGAAGGGCGAGUUCCUGGGCGGGGGAGCGACGGGACUUGUAGAACGUCUUGUUUCGGGAGAUGUGAUCAAGUCUCCUUGGACGGGCCGUCCCACGUCACUAGACUGCAGGCAAGAGAUGGCAAUUGAGGCGCAAAUAUAUGAGAGACUUGGAGCGCACCCCAGACUGGUGCAAUUCAAACACUGGGAUCCUGUCAGCCAUGCCUUGACGCUGGAAUACAUGCCUAACGGCAAUCUCAAGGACUACGUUCAGAAGCAUGGGCAUGGGGUAUCGCCCUCUCAGAGGCAGCAGUGGGUGAUGGAGGUCGUUGAGGGGGUUGAGCUUCUACACUCGUACAACGUUAUUCAGGGUGAUGUCGGGCCGCACAAUUUUCUGCUCGAUAUCGAUCUUAGCCUCAAGAUCUGUGACUUUGGCGGAUCUUCCUUGGAUGGCUCGCAGGCCACGGUCGCCCCUGGUGUGAGAUAUAGGCUGCCAAGCUUGGGUGGGACGACGAUCAAAGAGGACCUUUUCGCUUUAGGCUCGACGAUCUACUUCAUCGUCACCGGGCGCGAGCCGUACGAAGAGCUGACUGACGAAGAUCAGGUGGAGAAACUGUACCAAAAUGGAGUAUUCCCAGGACUGAGCGAGGUACCUUUUGCAGAGAUCAUUGCACUGUGUUGGAGACAGGAAGCUGAAUCGGCUAAGAUGAUCAUUGAACUUGUGAGGCGCUCAUCAGAAAAAUGCCAAUCAACAUAA